GUGUAUAGUGCAUGUUUGUCUGCCUGUUACAUUCCGUUCUCUGUCUCCUGUUCUGUUAUUUAAACAAGUAGACCAGUCAUUUUCACCUCAGUCAAGGAGCUAUCGAUCAUUUGGUGAGAGGCAACAGAUGCUGUGCACGUGAUUUUCUCAGGUGGGUGGCGUGUGUCCUGUGACCCCCACUGGCGGAUGAUGCAGGAGUAGUUACUGGCUGAUGAUGGGGCUCCUGCAGUGUGGAGAAAGUCUUGAUGUUGUCAGCGACAAGCCCCAGUGUGGUGUGGGCCGGCGUGUGGUGGGUACAGUGUAGCCAGGCGAGGCCAGGCACGUCACGUGACGCCGUGGGUGUGCGGAAAGCGCGCGAGGAGCCCGAGCACUGAGACAGAGAGACAAGCACCGGGUGUGUUUGUUGUCAGGCUGUUCAACGUCGUCUGCUUGGACAGCAGGAGACUAUAGGCCGUGAUGUAGGUUGUAGCACCGUGUAACAUUUAGGACACACCGUCAAGUAUGGAGCCAAACUGGGUGGUAGGAGCGUUUGCCACACUCAGGAAGGACCACAGACCUAUCUUUCAAGUCGGGGGCGACGACAUUGAGAUUGAGGUACACGACUGCUACAAAGACGACGGAUGUUUUCAAGUUCUACUUAUGCAUAUCUCCAGAUUUUUAAAGAGGAUUUUCGAUUGGUCAGGUUCGUCGACGGCAUCGUUGAAGAAGCCUCGGAGCCGUGGACUGUUAAGUUCAUUCUUCUGUUGUUUUGGCAACAAUAACAACAAUAACAAUAAUAAUGCACCACCUAGCUGUCAGGUACCUCCUGUGGAGGAGAAUGGAAACCCAAGGUUGUCCGAGAGAUACUUGCUGCCGGCAUCUAGAAAUCAGGAUGCAGAUCGCAAGUGUGUUGUCAUCGACCUGGAUGAAACUCUUGUACAUAGCUCUUUCAAGCCCAUAAGCAAUGCAGAUUUCAUUGUCCCAGUGGAGAUAGAUGGAACAGUUCAUCAAGUGUAUGUGCUUAAGCGUCCACAUGUGGAUGAGUUUUUACAGAGGAUGGGUGAGAUGUUUGAGUGUGUGCUCUUCACUGCAAGCCUUGCAAAGUAUGCAGACCCAGUAGCAGAUCUUCUUGACAGGUGGGGAGUCUUCAGAGCACGAUUGUUCAGGGAGUCUUGUGUCUUUCACAGAGGAAACUAUGUCAAGGACCUUGGUCGAUUAGGGAGAGACUUGAGCAAGGUAGUCAUUGUGGACAAUUCUCCAGCUUCGUACAUCUUCCACCCAGAAAAUGCUGUUCCUGUGGCCUCUUGGUUUGACGACAUGACAGACACAGAAUUGCUAGACCUUAUACCCUUCUUUGAGAACCUGGCCCGCGUCGACAAUGUCUACACCAUACUCAAGAAUAACCCAGAGUCUCCAUCCACUAUGCCGCCUUCUUAGCACCCUCCAGGCCAUAUUUCUCCCACUGAGCUUCUUCCACGCUGAAGAACAGGAUGAGGAUUAUGCAAAGUGAGAACAAGAGGGGCAGACUAAGAAUGUGUGCAUCAACAGGUGUAGCAACAAAUAUUUCAUAAAAGUAAACGAGAGAAGGAUGCCAUUUUCUCAAAGGAAAAUCGUUAGUUGUAUGCCUUUGCUGCAGCCCAGUGACGAGGUCGCAGCAGGAUUUUUUCACAGCAACUUGCAGCACACCAUGCAUUUUGUUCUUCGGACCUCAGCAGUCAUAUUUUGUGUGCUCUUCCUUACUGCUGUCUCCAUGCAGGCCUUUUUCUCACAGUUUUACACACAUGCUUGUGAAAUUUCACUUUUUUUUUAAUUCUAAAUUUUAUAUUUUCCCCAUAAGAUUUUAAAUUUGAAAGAAAAGCUUUUAUGUCUUCAUGAUCCAUGUCAUUUGAAUUGCCCAAUGUGCUAAUGGGUGACAAUAAUUGUUUAUUUCAGUUGAUGGAGUGGCAUUGGUAAUAAAACACAUCCUAAUAGUUUGUCACCUGUGGAUUAUGAAAUGCAGUAUCUUGAUAGUCUGUCACCUGCAGGUCAUAUGGACUCUGAACUCCCCACCUCCCAUGCCUUUCAUGCCUGACGCCUCAAGGGUUGUGACUGACUUCAGGUGUAUAGUGGGUGGGGUGUGUGUGCUAGGAACCUGACGCUGCUUCUAGUUUUGAGUGUGCAGCUAAAUUUUUGCUCUUUUUGCCCACUUACCAAAGCCUGCAUCCACAUCCAUACUCUUCAGUAGCUUGCCUUAAGGUGGCAUCUGGUGUAGAUCCUCUGGGCAGUAGCAUAAAUGGCAUACAAAAGACACAGCAGCACUAUACACAAUGGCAUUAAAGAAGAUAAAACUUUCCCCCACAUACCACGUCGCCCCUUGCUACCUCCCAAUAACCAGAUCAUUUCUAAAUAAUCCCAUGGCAGGAGAUGAUUGCAGUUGAAUGCAGAAGGACAGCUGGUAGUCCAGCAAAAUUUGUAUAUCUGAUCUAACAUAGAAUGUGCCUGCCGCAACUUUUUUUUGCAGGAACAGCGUGGAUUCAAGGUCAGAUUGGAGAAAGGGAGAGUACUUGUGUGAGACCAUACCCUAGUCUCUUCACUUUCUGUUGGAAUUGUUGAAAGCAUAGUUUUCAUAGCAACUUCCAGACAAUAACCCUUUCUCUCUUGCAUUCAGCUUCUUGGCAGAUUCUUGGAAUGCGUGCUGCUGAUAGUGAAAAAGGACUGAAGGUUUCCUCAUGGAGUGAAUUGUCUGCCCCUUCACUGAUGGGCAUGUGCCUGUGGUGGCGGCAAGCCUUACCUGCUGCAGUGUCACUGCAGGCUGUGUCCACUCUGUAACUGUCAACAAUGAACAUUGAAAGAAAUACACGUGUAUGCUUGUGUGCGAAAAUGUAGGCAUGUGCAUGACUGUGUGAGCAAGCCCACAUGGACGUACUUGGACUGGUUGACCUGCUGUACUGGUGUUGGUCGUCAUCCUUGCAUCAGGUGUGAUCGAUCACAAGGCAGCUACUGUGACUCGUGACCACCCAGUUAUUCCCCCCCCCCCUCCUUGUUCUAUCAUGCAUCACUGGAGCUGCACAGCAGCACAGCUGCUUAACUCGUGGACGUUUCAAAAGAAGACACUGGAGAACAAGGGGAGACAGACCUACUUAGACAUUUACUGUGUGCCUUCAUUCACAUAAUCUUGGAAAGUAUUCACGUUUCACUGAAGGGUCUUCAAUGUAUUUUUUGUGUACAAGACACCAGGGACGAGUGUGAAAUGGGUGCCUGUUUACACGGGUGUGUUUGUCAAAGUGAUUUGUAUGUCUUUGGUAUUAUGAUUAUUAUUAUUAUUAAGACAAUGAAAAUGUGUUCUGGUCUGGUGAGAAUAUUGUAGAAAAUCAAUGGAUUUUAUGCUGCUUCCAUGGUCUUUUUUCAUUUUUGGCUCCAGGCUUAGAGACUAAGGAGUUUCUAGUAUUGAUAUUUUUCUCUGUGUGUUUUAAAAUCUCACAUAAAGUUGUCCGUUCUUUUACUAAAUUUGUUGCUGAAUAGCAGAAUAUUUUUUUAUACUUCUGCCUUUAGUUUUUAUAUAAAUAGCAAGGACUAAAGCCAGUCAGUAGUGACGUUUAUAUGACCUUUUCCUUAUUCAGACUGCACUGAAAGUAUAAGUGGAAACAAGCACCCUCAGUUCAUGGUCAGUAAAGCUGAAAGAACUUUGUACAGAGAUACGUUGAAAAGGAUGUGUGUUUUUAAGUCAGGGACUUGGUAAAUGAAUUCAACAAAAUUGUUGUUUGACAGUAACCAUCAGUCCAUACUUGAAUAGAUUGACAGCAGGAAAGAGCGCAGGUACUGCACAUUGUAGAGAUAGAGCUGUGAUUACUAAAAUCUUUUAGAUGUUAUUUUUAUGUAGUUAAGAGGGACACAAGAGGAGUUUUUAUGAACUUAAGUAAAUGACAUAUUUUUUGUGUAUUUUGUAUGCCAUUUGUAAGUGGUGAUUUCUUGCAGCACUACUUUGUUUUUUGGUGGGGGAGUGGAGAUUUUUGUUUGUUUGUUUUUUGUUUUUUUUUUUGCAGUUUGACUUAUUUUCAUCAGAACAUUCAUUAUGCCCACUACCUAUGUAGCAAAGGGACAAAAUGGGCUUGAAGAUUUAUUUUUCAAAGUGUUUUUUUUUUUUUUUCCUGAGAUGGGGGAAGGAGUGGGAAAACAUCACCAAAUGCAGUUGUCUGUCCCACUUUUAGCCAUAUUAAACUGUUACAGCAGGCAUUCUGUAGAAAACUGUCAGUGUCUGAUGGGACAAAUGAAUUUACUGUUUAUAGGUUUAGGGGUGGGAAUGUUGACACUUAGUGAAAAUGAUAGUGAAGAUGAUAAUGCUGUUUUUGUUGUGUACAGUUAGAUAAAUACAGCAGUGCCAGUUGUUUGUGAAUUCCUAAGUUAUGUGUUGCAGGUCAAGUUUUUAAAAUACUAUUUUUAUAUAAUAUGUAUGUCUUGUUUUGGCAAGGGGUGGUAUGAGUUGUAGAGAUGUUCACAUAACUGUUUCCUUAUCUUUAAAUGAUAUAAUUGAUUAAUUGUGGGUUCUUUUCCCUCUCCAAUUGUCAUUUGGGUGUUUACUGGAAUCUGGAUAUAUUCUCCAUCGGGCAUAUUUUUUGUUCCAGAUUGGUUAACUGUGUCAUUACUGUUCUGUGAUUGGUCUUAAAGUCACUAAAGCUCACUGUUGUAUUAUUUCUUCUUGUCUUAGCUGCAGUUCUUUGUGGGAUCUUGACUUCCCAAUAACAAUAUUCAAUUUGUAUUGUUUUUAAUUGUUGUGCAUAAAUGCUAAAUGUUUACAUAACAAUGUAUACAAAUGAGAAACCUAAAUUGUAUUCUAAUAAUGUAAGAACUAGAGAUUAUUUUACUAUUUUGUGAAUAAUUUCACUCUUUUAAAAAAAACAGUUAUGGGAAAGGAUAAUUAUGAAAGAGCAUAUUGUUACUCUUAAAGUUCUUAUAUGUUGCUCCUCUUCUCAAAUUGCUAAUGAACUUUUUUUUAUUUAAUGCACACAUCAUCUACAGCAAGUAAAACAUCUUAACAAUAUAGCUUA